AGUAUUGCUCACCCCAACGAGAAGAGAGUAUGAGUGUUUAGUUCCGAACAUUCAUAGUAGCCUAAAUUGUGCCACGUUCUUUGCUAGUUUUAGUCCAUUAACAGUAUUAUUGGAAUUUAGCUUCAAUCUUGAGCAGGCAAUGUUGAACGAAGCUUCGGGUCAGAAGUACUUUGAUGUUUCAAACGGUACUAUUGGAAUUUAUAAUGUAAUAUCGUCAGUGAUGCUGGCUGCUGAGAGAAAUUGAGGGUUUUGGUUGAUCCUAUUAAUGUUAUUCCAAUAGCUAGAAUAAUUGAGAAACACCUGUUCAUUUGCAUCCGGUCCGUUAUGAAGACGGGUACUCUUAGAAGCGCCAGGACAUCAUUUGCAUGAAACUGCAGCAAGAUCAAGACGGUGAGUCCAACUGUACCCGAUUCAAAGAGAAACUGGGAAACAAGCCUGGGGAAAAGGACUGAGGACCACGACACCUGUGCCCAGUCUACCCCCAAGCCUAACACCCCCCCCCCCAAAAAAAGAAACCUUAAAUCCACCAUGUCUCUCAACACCUUCCACCUGAUGGAGACCCUCAAGAACUCCCCGUCCGUUUUACGCCGCCGCUUCCGCCGUGACCGCACCGAGUCCCUCUCCCACGGCGACCCGCUCUUCAAGGUCCACUACCUGGGCACUGAGAAAAUCUUCUCCCUGGAUCUACAGCAGGCCCAGGAUGCCAUAGCCCGGCUGCUCGAAGGGGCCUCCAACGGAAAGAAACUGAGCAAAGACCACGCGUUGGUGGUUCGUCCACGCUAUGUGGAAGUCAAAGAGCUCAGCACAGGACGCCAGCUCACUAAGACGUACCUCCAGGACAUAGCCUACUGCGCGGCCGACGCCACCAGACCCAAUGUGUUUCUGUACAUCUGUAAGCAUCACGGGCAACAGCUGCACUGCCGGGUGUUUUGGUGUAGCCGGGCAGAGCGGGCACGGGACAUGACGGCCUGCCUGGCACACUCCUUCCAGAGGGCACUGAGUGACUGGCAGGGGGACGGGGACGUUGGGUUAGGGGGAAGUACCGGCACUCUGACCCCAGAAAAGGACAGGGUAAAGGAGGGAGAGGAUAUGCCCAGCACCACUACGAACCCCAAAAGCUCCAUACAACCAGACAGCUGUGGAAGAGUCCGUUGGAAGAAGAGGAGCUCCCUGUCUCGUAGUCCACUGAGAGCCAUGACCAGGAAGGGCUCCGCCUCUGACAUCUGGCACUGAGACCCCGAUCCCCAGCAUGGGACACGGAACUGACGACAUCCCCAGUGGCUAGCUACAGCACGGAGGGAGGGAUUGAAGGAACCCACCACUACUGGACACAACAGGAUUGAAAGAAGAAAAUAAAAAAAGGAUUGAGGGAGAUCACUGCUGGACUUUCUUUCAAAUGAGACAUUGCCUUGCUUACAUGGUGAGUCUACAGUAUGAUCGGGCAUGAACGGUAGCCUACAAACUGUGGAAGUUAAUGACUAGCUACCUUGGCUUUUGCCUCUGGAUUACUAGAGAACAAGGUGUUUAGUGUACGCUGUUGGCAGCAACCAGUAUUCACCUCAGUGGCCUUGACUCACUUUCACUGUUGGAACACUUCAAGGCUGAACUGCUCAGUUCCAAUGCUACUCCAAGUUACUUGUUUUCCACCGGGUGGCCUUGAUACUAUGAACUGUCAGUUAUGCUUAGAAGACAGGAGCUCAAGGUUGUGUGUGCCUUUUUUAGCUAGACAAGGAUAUGACUACGGAGUUCACCAAACCUCAAUUUCCUCUCUAUACAAUGCUGAACACAGCCUGGACUGGUUGAAACUGGUCAAAGUCAUAGCAAUGACUGUUGUUUUUUUUAACAUUUGUAUGUAUUUAUUUUAAUGAGUAGUCUUGUUUGUAACACCCGGCUCUUCCACCUCUUCUCUUCCUGAAACACUAGAUUGUUGUUGUUUUUUAAAGAGAGGAGGAGCUUAAGUUUGAGCCGAACGUGAGCACAGUGUUCGUCUUGGUAGAGGGGUUAAAAACGAAGGUGUGUGAGAGGAUUCGCGGGGCAUAAAGGGUUAAUUUGAGCAGACCAUAGAAGAACAUGGGCUAUGUUGUCAUAGCUAAUGUGCGUUCAUAGGCAGGGUUUUAAUACAUUUUAGUAUCAAUUCAUUCGGGUUCAGACUUCACUACAUACAUCAUUUAGUCCAGUGGUUCCCAAACUUUUUCGGUCACUGUAGCACCAACUGAAUUGUUCUCUGCCUGGAGUACCCCCUCAUGUGCAUUUUAUGAGUGGUCAUGAGUGGUCUCAUGAGUCUUAUCAAGUAUCCCCUGUGGCUAGACCAAGUACCCCCAGGGGUCCUAGUACUCUUGUUGGGAACCACUAGUCUUGUCAAUGCACACUGACUGUUCGCAUGAUUUAUUUUUUGUCGUAACAUAUUACUAUUCAUCAAGUGAAAUGUAAUCCUUAAUUAAGUUCCAUAUGCUUAAUUUGUUCCUAUAAGGUGUUAGUGUUUGCUAGAAGUGUGUUUUUUUUGGGAGGGGGGGGGUUCUACAUACUGUAUGUCACAGGAGGUUGGUGUCACCUUAAUUGGGGAGCAGAGACUCGUAGUAGCUGGUGUGGAAUGGUAUCCAAUACAUUAAACACAUGGUUUCCAUGCUUUUGCCAUUCCAUUUGCUCCGUUCCAGCCAUUAUUAUGAGCCGUCCUCCCCUCAGCAGCCUCCACUGAUGUAUGUAUAUAUUAUUUGCAUUUAUGUGGAAAAAUCACUCACCCAUGAUCCUCCUUGUUCCUCAUUAUUACCGUGUGGGUGAAGUAUAACCUUGGGUGAGUGAUUUUUGGGGCAGGAACGUUGGUUUGCAGUGUUAGGAAUGCAGGUGCACUGCCGAAGUUCCGAUCGGGACAUUAACGUUCUCAUAUCCUCCUUGGCCCCGCCCACUCCCUCCCCUCAGUCUGGCUUAACCUAACCUCAUGACUCUGCAUGUUUCAUAACAUUAGUGUGUUGGCGUCCUGGCCCCAAGCUCAAAUACCUGUGUCUACACACAAACACUCUCUCCUCACACACUUUCUCAUGCCACAUCCGCUCAUUCCAUAAAAUAUACUUCUGAUUACUCUGACCACGUCAGGGUUGUAUUCAUUGGGCACCUCAUAUCUGCAUGGUUUACAGUAAAAGAUGCCUCAGUUAUUUGACUUGACAAGUUGUCAAUGAUAUCAAUAGUUUUUAACCAUUUCUUUUAAAUGACUAUGUAUUGUGAUGCAUCUCAAACUACAAAUGGCACAACCCCAUCUUGGGAGGGCAAGUGUCAGGUUUUAUGUUGUACUUGUUUUGUACAUCCUUGUUUACAUAUUUUUAAAUGCAUGUAAGCUAUGGAUUAAACUUUCAUACAAUGA